AUGCGAGGCGCUACAGCUCACAAAACAGCUAAGGCGGUGGACCGUUCCGCCGAGCAGCGCAGUGUGGAUGGUCCAGUCGCUAAAAGCAGGGCCUGUAUUUGCCAUGGAAGCUACCUAAGCACAGCACAGCAGAGCGGUGCAUCCUUCGCAGAAUCUUGUCCAGCCUCUGCCAUUGAAAUCGCCGUGUCCAAGCAACCUGGCCCAGCGCUGUGGUUAAAUGUGGCACAAUCAACAACAGCCGGACCCGACAGUCUGGUGCGAGGGCCCCCGGGGGGCUGGGCACGGGUACUGACUGGUGCUGGUGCUGGUGCUGGUACUGGUACUGGUACCGGUACGGGCUCAGUAGGCACCCUUACAAUCCGCCCUGGAGCAUCAAGCUACUAUGUAUACGUACGCACACCUGAAGCUGGAGGGAGCGCCGUGCGGCGACCCCAAAAAGCGUCCAAGCUUCCAGCGCUGCGGAACUGCCGAGUCCAGGGUGCUGGUGCUGGUGCUGGUGCUUGUGCUGGCAAAGCUGGUAUUGGUGCUGGCGCUGGUGCUGGUGCUGGUGCUGGGCCAUGUACCGUCCUGGUACUUGUACCUCUCGCUUGUUGGCGACGCCCAUCCGCUUGUCUCUCUUUUGUCUGA